GCAUGCCCAAUUCCGCGGGUGGACCUGGCACCGUUUCCUCUGUCAGGGCCGCGUUUGAGAAGACAGUGAGCGGAGGCCUUCCCAAAAUAACCGAAGCGAACCGGGACGUAGUGCGCCGUGCAUGACAAAGCGGUGCACAACCUUUCUACUUCCUACCAAAGAGGCUCGUGUUGUGGUUCAUCGUUGCUCCCAAUCUCUUCUCUCUUCCCUAAAAUGACCUAUUGAUUCCUGAUAGGGAUAUAUCUCUACUUCAUAAACCAUAGUGUUUUUAUUAUCACUGCUCUUUACACUUUCAUCUCAAACAUCCAUUCACUACCUCAAUCGCCAACACUCUGUUUGCACCUUGUAAUUUGCAGUUGCCCUUUAUCCAUUCUGAUUAUCCCUUGUCCCAUUCAUAUCACAGCUGUCUUCCUUUAAAUACAUUCUGUACCCUCCCCCAUGAAAGUCUGUCCCCUAACAUAGUCAUUAGCCCUAUGUUGUAGGAUUGCGUCCCACCUACCAACCCUUCUCUCACCCUCCCCAUCUGACCCUGCUCUCCAAACCGCUGUAACUUCUCCUUUAUGGAAAGCCCCAGACCUUGCCACCUCCAGGUCUGAUGUUACUGUGUGAAUUUUUCUCUCUCUGAGACUUUUCAGCAUAUAUAGCCCCCAACAUGUCAGUGGUGCAGGCCCCUUGGCAAGCUGGCACAGAAUGCAUUGCUAACUAUGACUUCCAGGGUAAAGCUGAGCAGGACCUGCAUUUUAGUAAAGGUGAAGUGCUGACCAUUGUGGCUGUGACAAAGGAUCCAAAUUGGUACAAGGCAAAAAACAAAGUAGGGAGAGUGGGAUUCAUCCCUGCAAACUAUGUCCAAAAGAGAGAAGGAGUGAAAUCUGGAACCAAACUCAGCCUUAUGCCGUGGUUUCAUGGCAAGAUAACCCGAGAGCAGGCUGAGCGUCUCUUGUAUCCACCUGAAACGGGCUUAUUCCUUGUACGGGAGAGUACAAACUACCCUGGAGAUUAUACUCUGUGUGUGAGCUGUGAAGGGAAAGUGGAGCAUUACCGCAUUAUCUAUUCUUCUGGCAAGCUGAGCAUUGAUGAAGAGGAAUACUUUGAAAAUCUCAUGCAGCUGGUGGAGCACUAUACCAAUGAUGCAGAUGGCCUGUGCACAAAUUUGAUGAAGCCCAAAUUGGUGGAGGGAACUGUAGCUGCCCAGGAUGAAUUCUCCCGGAGUGGCUGGGCCCUCAAGAUGAGAGAUCUCAAACUGCUGCACACCAUUGGCAAGGGGGAAUUUGGAGAUGUCAUGCUUGGUGAACAUCAAGGAGUGAAAGUAGCUGUGAAAUGUAUCAAGAACGAUGCCACGGCACAAGCAUUUGUAGCAGAAGCUAUGGUGAUGACGCAAUUGCAACAUAACAAUCUUGUGCAGCUACUUGGAGUGAUUGUUGAAGAUAAAAGUGGUUUGUUUAUCGUCACAGAAUUUAUGGCAAAGGGAAGCCUAGUGGAUUAUUUGAGGUCUCGGGGAAGGUCAGUGCUAGGUGGCGAAUGUCUACUAAAGUUCUCACUGGAUGUAUCAGAAGGUAUGGCAUAUCUUGAGAGUAAUAACUUUGUGCACAGAGAUCUAGCGGCACGCAAUGUGUUGGUAUCAGAAGAAAAUAUUGCUAAGGUCAGUGACUUUGGACUCACCAAGGAAGCAUCCGCCAUACAGGACACAAGCAAACUGCCUGUUAAGUGGACAGCACCAGAAGCGUUGCGGGAUAAGCUAUUUUCAACCAAGUCUGAUGUUUGGAGCUUUGGAAUUCUGUUAUGGGAGAUCUAUUCCUUUGGGCGAGUGCCUUAUCCACGCAUUGCCCUCAAAGAUGUGGUACCAAAGGUGGAGAAUGGGUAUAAAAUGGACGCACCCGAUGGAUGUCCUCCUGUUGUAUAUGAUUUGAUGAAGCAGUGUUGGCAUCUGGACCCAAAACAGCGACCCACUUUUAGGAAUCUGCGAGAACAGCUAGAGCAUAUCAAAGCGAAGGAACUGUUUCACUGAAGCAAGUGCAAGGCUAGGGGUCCUCUGUCACAAAAGAGCCAUUCCUUGGCCUGAGAGACAGACUCCACAAUAUCAGGAAUAUGAGAUAUAACACCAGAAAGACUUCAGCACAGUAAUAAUUACUUAUUGGGCUCUCUUGACCUACCUGUCUUGCACUAGCUACCACCUUAGUGCCCAUAAAAUAUUCUUAUAAUCUGCUGGUCUGUGGAAGGAUGCAGAUGUUUCCUUACAUUGAUUUUUGCCAAAUCUCUAUUUCUCCCUCAUAUUUUAAUUGCCUGUUUUGGGUGGGCCUGAGAGACUUCAUGGAGAUCAGCUGAGAACUUCUAAUUGGAAAAUAUUGCCUUGGCUUUGGACACAAUUAGGUGGCAAAUGCAACAAUCCAGUCCAGUUCCGUUGCCAGUUGAACAGAUAAGGAUACAUUUUACAGACUGGAAAAUUCACUUCUGUAUCUUGUCUGCCUUAUUUAAUACGGUUAAUCUUAACCAAUAUACAGAGCUGACUAUGAGAAGAGAUUUCUGCUGUGAAAAUUUGGGAUCCUUAUCGUGGUGUGACACAGUACAUGUUGACUUCUCAUGUUUUCAAUCUCACGAUUGCCUGCCUUUUUUUUUUUUUUUUACACACAUGCUGCUGGCUUAAUUCAACAGUAUUGUGUAUCCUCAAGGAUAAACGAAUUCCCCCCAACCUGAGAAUGUAACUACUGUAUUAUAUACAGAUACUUUUGUGUCCUAAUACCCCCUGUAGGCUCAUGUUAACACAUGUCCAUAAAACAAAUUCACUCUACAGGAUGAAGAAGAAAAUGAUUGCAGACCUUUCUACUCAUACAGCCUCUUAAUUCAAUUCUACAUUUCAAAUAAAUCCAAUGCUAGUGCUUGCAGGGCA